AUGGAAUCCUUGAACAACCUGGUGAUUGAGAAUUCUACCACGUGUUCUGACAGGAAGAGCUUAUCACAUUCCAAAAUCAAACCGCUAUUCAGUUCCAGCUCCUCAUGUUCGUUUGGAGACGAUAACAUAGACAGUCGAAUAUGCGACAUAGAGGGCUCCGAAACAGGGAGAACUAAGUUACCGGAAGGCUUCGAUAAUCUGAUUUCGAAACCUUUGAUCAAAAAUGCAGGAGAAGGACAGGUAGCAUCUCCUAAUGAAGUCCGUAUCACUCCAUUAUUUCAUAGAGCCCUUUCCUUGCAAGCUACUCCAACACACAACAGGGUGUGCACUCGGCUGAUUGAAGGUGAUACGAAGCGAUCAUCGAAGAGACAUACAUCUACCGCAGGCGAACCAGAAAAGGACAUGAAACGUUCAAAACUCGUACACUAUGAAGGGAAUGAAGAACCUUAUAUUUCUGUUUCGGUUUCUCAUCUACAAGAUUCCAGUGAAAAUGAGAAAACCAUGAUGUGUGCCGUACUAAUGUCUUCUUCAGAACAAGAUCUGAUUGGUGAUUUUAGUAGGAACUGCAGUUUGCCGUUGGUUCAAGGUCGACAUCGUGAUCUCAAAUCGAUCUCUCCGCAAACCAUGGCCCAGCUCAUAAAGGGAUCAUUUAGGGAUAUUAUCGGGUCCUUCAAGAUUAUUGACUGUCGAUACCCGUAUGAGUUCGAGAGUGGACACAUCACUGGAGCUGUGAAUCUGUAUACUAGAGAGCAGUGUAUGCAGCUGCUGAAUGACAGUCACAUCACUACUGAACACUCUACUAAAAGGGACAUUCUGCUCUUCCACUGUGAAUUUUCCAGUGAACGAGGACCUAAUCUGUACCGUUAUCUACGCAAAGAAGACCGGAAUAGGAACAAAGACAAUUAUCCAUCGCUGAAUUUCCCCGAAAUCUACCUGCUUGAAGGAGGUUACAAAAGUUUCUUCGAACAAUACUCAGAAAUGUGUACACCGAUGGGAUACAAGCAGAUGCUCCAUCCUGACCACACGGAGGAUCUGAGGCAUUUCAAACAAAAAUCAAAGACAUGGAACUGUGAUUUACGGGAAGGUACCGUUAUCUACGCAAAGAAGACCGGAAUAGGAACAAAGACAAUUAUCCAUCGCUGA